UCAAAACGCGUAUUUCUCUUAGAAGAUUGAACUCCAGGUCUUCAUCGUCUCCAAUUCGAGUUUCUUCACUAAUUGAAUGCUGUUGAGGUUGACGAAUUGAAGAAGAAGAAGACAAUUGUGUAUUGACGAUUAAAGGUACAUCAUAUCCUUCCUUCCGAUCCUGUACGUAUUCAAUUAUUGCUUCAAAAUAGCUAGGGUUCAUUAAAGAUUCCAUCUUUGAAUUGUUUGAUUCCUGAAAAUGGAAGACUGCAAAUUACCGAUGGAUACGAUGAUUGACAUUUUGGCGAGGUUGCCGGUAAAGACUCUUAUGCGAUUUAAAUGUGUUUGUAAAUAUUUCUACAAUUUAAUAAAAAACAAUCAUCAAUUCAUGGACAACCAUUAUGAAUUUAGAAAGGGAAAAAGUCAUUGUGCUGUUAUCGACUUCGAGCCUCCCCAGCCUAAUCAAGUAUUUAACUUGAUUUACAAAGAAUCAGAAUGUGAUGAUGUGGUAUGCAUAUACCUAGACCUGCCAAAUUCAAAUACCAGGUUUGUCAAGUGUUGUCAUGGUAUGCUAUGCCUGAUUCUAUGCAGGGGUGAUUUGGUUAGAUCUGAUAUAGCUGCUAUCAUUUCACCCGAAAUCAUUUUUGAUGUUUUGAUAUUCAACCCAUUCACUAGGGAAGUCAAGACCUUGCCUUUUAUUAAGGUACCCAAAAAACCACCUAACAAAGAACGUCUUCAUAUACAAUUUGGAUUUGGAUUGUCUAAUAACAUGACCUGGAAGAUUAUCAUGCUUUUGAGUUUUAAAGAUUCAAAUUGGGAAAUCGAAGAUAGUCAUGACAUUGUAAUGGUUUGUAGUCAGGUAGGUGAUCUGUGGAGCUGGAGACAAAUUGAUGUGGCUCUCGAUUCUCUAGAUUUGGGUUUUCUUUACUAUACUAGGGAUUUUUAUUUCAAAGGAAAAUAUUAUUGGCAGAGUCUUAAAGGUCAUUUGGUUUGGUUUGAUAUAGAUGAUGAGGUUUUGGGUAAGAUUGAGCGCCCCUCUAAUGCUAAAAAUCUUGAUUACUAUGCAGUCAUGAAUGAGAGUAUUGUUGUGGUUACUGUGCCACAACCGUGUACGGAAAAUGAGGACUGUAUUGAGAUUUGGGUAAUGGAUGAAAAUAUUAAUAAUAUUAAUUGGAAUAAACAAACAAGUAUAUUCUCUAGCAGCGACAUACUUGAAUAUUUUGCUCCGAUUGGAUUUUGGAAUCCGAGUGGCCAUUUACUUGUGUUUGCAGGUCAUAUGGAAAUAAGGUAUACUAAUUUCUUUAAUACUGAUUAUGAUGACGAGGAGUUAUAUUUCAAGGAUGGUUUUGGACCGAAUCUAAUUUCUAUUGAUUUGGAAACCGAUGAAAAGAAGACUAUUUUUACAAGUCAAGAAAAGAAAAGUACUCUUACAGUUGGUUUGAAUCCAGCUGGGCAUGUUCAAGUUUGCAGCGAGAGGAGUGAUGAUCAAAUUCAAGAAUGGAACGAUAGAAAUAUUGUUUGGAGUAGGGGAGCAUAUGUUCGAACUUUCCAUGAGAGUUUGAAAUUGUUGUAGAUAGGAAUGAAAAUAUAUAUUAAUGUUUGUUUACUGUGACAGCUUCCUUUUUAUUCGCACUUUUUCAUGGAAGGAUGUAAGGUUUUGCUUUCUCCUUUUAUUAACCAUAAUUGAUGAUAAUAAGAUUUUAUUUUAGUGUAUUAGAGGAUUGCAGAGCAUAGUGUGAUAAACUUGCAGUUACA